AUGCAAAAUCGGUGGGAAACAUAUAGAUACACAAUACUUAUCUGCUCCUCAUUUUCUCUUCUCCUCGGAUUGUUUCAGCUUGCAAGUAUGACUACACCUACUGAGGCUCCAAAGAAACGUGAAUCUUAUCAGUCUUCACGUCCUCCUCUUAAUGAAAGAAUAAUUUCAUCCAUGAGCAGAAGAUCAGUUGCUGCACAUCCAUGGCAUGAUCUUGAAAUAGGACCUGAUGCCCCAACCAUCUUUAACUGUGUGAUUGAAAUUAGCAAGGGGAGCAAGGUGAAGUAUGAGCUUGACAAAACUACAGGACUUAUCAAGGUUGAUCGUGUUCUAUACUCAUCAGUUGUGUACCCUCACAAUUACGGUUUUGUCCCUCGUACUUUGUGUGAGGACAACGACCCACUUGAUGUCUUGGUCAUCAUGCAGGAACCCAUCCUGCCAGGUUGUUUCCUACGUGCCAAAGCAAUAGGUGUCAUGCCCAUGAUUGAUCAGGGAGAAAAAGAUGACAAGAUAAUUGCAGUUUGUGCUGAUGAUCCUGAGUAUAGGCAUUACACUGACAUCAAAGAGCUCCCACCACAUCGUUUAGCUGAGAUUCGUCGUUUCUUUGAAGACUAUAAAAAGAAUGAGAAUAAGGAGGUUGCUGUUGAUGAUUUCUUGCCAGCUGAUAAGGCAAUCGAGGCAGUCAGUCAUUCGAUGGAUCUUUAUGCGGAUUACAUUGUGGAGGGCUUGAGGAGGUAGAUUUACCAUAUGAGUAAGGGGGCUUAUGAGAGAGACUUUAUUUUUUUGCUUAAUCAAAUCAUAUUGGUAGAUAAUCUUGUCCUAUUAUGCAUAUGCUAUUAUAUGAUAUGAUGGUAAACAAACCAAACUUGAUGUGAUCAUUAUAUUUGUCUUUUGUCUUGUCUUUUUGCAUACCAAAUUACAUGUAAAGGUACACCUUAUUAAACAAGAAAUUUGGUGCUUAUUUUCA